AUGCGCGACAUCCUCGCCCUCUCUGCCAUGCUGGGCCUCGCCUCAGCCGGCACCGUCAGCGUCGACAUCCACAAGCAGAUCAACGCCGAGCUCUACGACGCUCUCAAAAUUCACCGACGGACCGGCGACCCAAUCAUCGACCUACAGGCCAUCAACAACGUUACCGGAGGCGGCUACUAUGCUGACCUGGGCAUUGGCACCCCCAAGCAGGUUCUGACCUUUCAUCUCGACACCGGCUCUAGCGAUACUUGGGUCAACCAAAAAGGCAACAACUUUUGCAGAUACGGCAGCCCUGAGCUGCAGCUGCCCCCCUCUUGCCUGAAGCAGUUCGAUCCUGACGCCAGCUCCACCUUUGAGACGACCAUCAGAGGCGGCUUCAAAAUUAGCUACCUAGAUGGCAGCCAGUCCUCUGGCGAUUACUUCAACGACACAGUCACCAUUGGCGACAUGACCAUCACGCAACAGCAGCUCGGUCUCGCCAAGAAGAGCAGCAGCGCAACCGGCCUCAUGGGUCUUGGUAUGAGCGUCGGCGUCGCUGCCAAGAAGGAGUAUCCUACCAUUAUCGACAACCUCGUCUCCCAGGGCUACAUUGAUACCGCCGCCUUUAGCCUCUACCUCGACUCUGUCACCGAGAGCCACGGCACCUUCCUUUUUGGUGGCAUUGACACCAAAAAAUACAUUGGAGACCUCGCCACGCUGCCUCUUGUCGCCGACGACAUCCAUGGGUCCGACAACGUCACCUCGUACGCUGUCGACCUCACCGGCUUCUCCGUCGAUGGUGUCUCCCUCCCUAGCCUCAAGACCAAAGCCAUUCUCGAUACCGGCGCCACUCUUGUCCUGCUCCCCGGUCGCGUUGUCACUCCCAUCUACACCAAGCUUGGCGUCGUCUCCGUCACAGGCAUCGCUACGCCCUUUAUUGACUGCAGCGGCUCUACCAAGAAGGAUGGCAAGGACAACCUUACCAAGACCAAAUUCAACUUUGAAUUCAACGGCAAGACUAUUUCCGUCCCUCUCAAGGAAAUGAUUGUCAACUCCUUUGACGACCACCAGGAUAUCUUCAAGAGCCCUCUCCUCAAGAGCCAGUUCAAGGAUUUCGGCAAGGUUUGCAUGUUCGGCAUUGCCAAUGCCGACGACUACAAGACCCAGGAGCCCGACCCUCUCGGCAGCAGCGGCGGCUCCUCCAACGAGCCCGAGUACGCUCUUCUCGGCGACACCUUCUUGCGCUCGGCCUAUGUCGUCUACGAUUUGGCCCGCCAGGAGGUGGCCAUCGCCCAGUCGUACCCCAAGUCUAACGAGACCAACAUUGUUACGCUGAAGGCCAACAGCACUAUCCCUUCCAUCAAGGGCAUGGAUGCUCCUGCCGAGGAUACUGCCGCCAGCGCUGCUGGCCUUGUCCGAGCCCCCUCAACUGCGGCCGCCGCUGCCCUGGCUGUUGUCGCCGCCGCGGUCUUUGCUAUGUAA